GAUACUCCAAAUCCCGUUAUCCCCCGCGCUCAGAGCUGUGCCAAUGGAGGUGGAGGCGGCCAUGUUGUAGCUGCAAAGCGGCGUCAGCGUCAGAGGGAAUCGAAUCGAAACACACUGGGAGAGUCCCCCCUCAAUCCCUCUCUGCUGACCGCGCGGCUCGGAGGCAUCGGCCCCUUCUUAUUCCUGUUCCCAGAGCCGAGAAGCGGGAGCCACCAUGAGCGGCGGGACGCCUUAUCUGGGUAGUAAGAUCAGCCUGAUCUCCAAGGCCGAGAUUCGCUAUGAAGGGAUCCUGUACACCAUCGACACCGAGAACUCCACCGUGGCCCUUGCUAAAGUCCGCUCCUUUGGUACCGAGGAUCGCCCGACGGACCGGCCCAUUCCUCCGCGAGACGACAUCUUUGAGUACAUCAUCUUCAGGGGCAGCGACAUCAAGGACCUGACGGUGUGUGAGCCGCCCAAACCGACGUGCUCACUCCCCCAGGACCCGGCCAUCGUCCAGUCCUCCAUCAGCACCAGCUCCUCCUCAGCGGCGGCCUCGGCUCCGACUCCCUUCCAGUCCUCUGGCUCCUACGGCCUUUUCAACAGAGCUCCGGCUCCCGCCUACAACCAGUUCAGCACCAGCCCACUGGUCUCGCCCCAGUUUGGACCCGUUGGUGUGGGGCGGUCCACAGUCUUCUUUAUGAACUCCAGUCUGAGCGGUUCUGACUUGCGCUCUGUCGGGACUUUAACUGAAGGCUGCAGCAGUCCCAGUCUGGAAGCUCUCAGGAAGAGUCCCACCCUGGAUCAGGUGAGCCAGAGAGGCCCGUCUGUCCCGGCGUCCACCGCCACGGCUCCAGCCCCCGGUCUGGGACGGAGAAGCCCGGCACACGGCCGCGCCGCGCCGGCGGGUCCGUCUCAGAGCAGCCAGAAGGCCCAGCAGCAGGACGGAGUGGACAAUCUGAGAGGAUCAGACGUCCAGAGCAGAGCUGAGGGCGAUCAGGCGCGAGGAGAAGGCAGGGAGCCCAGUAAACGCUCCACAGCAGGCGGCGGCGGCACGGCGAACCGGCGCGGCCGCGGGGGCGGCCAUCACGGCAGGGGCCGCUUCAACGUGCGCCGAGACGGACCCAUGAAGUUCGAGAAGGACUUUGACUUUGAGAGCGCCAACGCCCAGUUCAACAAGGAGGAGAUCGAGAAGGAGUUCCAGAGCAAGCUGAAGCUGAAAGAUGAGAAGUCGGAGAAAGCGCUGAAUGGAGAGGAUAAGGGAGACUCUGGAGUGGAAACCCAGAACAGUGAAGGCAACAACGAAGACGAGAGCGACCCGCUGGGCCCAAACUGCUACUACGACAAGUCCAAGUCGUUCUUCGACAACAUCUCCUGUGACGACACGAGGUACGGAGCUGGUUCUGAAUCCUGGAGGCAGACUGGUAGACGAUACACAACGCAGCAUGUGAACCGAUUCCUGAACAGAUCUGAACAUGUAAACUGA